AUCAGCCCAUAUAAUUAAACAUAUGUAUUGUAGUGGUAGGUAGCUUGAGUCCUUCAACCGUAGACAAGGCGGCGGCCAUGAAUUAUAGUAAUAAUGUUUUCAAGGUGGCUCUGUUGCUUAUUAUUUUCUGGGUCGAGUGCUUGAUCGUGUUUGCAAGAGGUAAAGAUCAUGAUUUGGGUCUAGGGGCUUCCUUUGUCUUUGGGGAUUCUCUGGUGGAUGCCGGGAAUAACAACUACCUACAGACUCUGUCCAGAGCUAACAUCCGCCCAAAUGGCAUUGAUUUUAAACCUUCCAAUGGAAAUCCCACUGGCCGCUACACCAACGGCAGAACCAUUGGAGACAUUAUUGGGGAGGAAUUGGGGCAACCCAACUACGCGGUGCCGUUUCUGGCCCCAACUGCCACCGGGAAAACUAUAUUGCAUGGAGUGAAUUAUGCGUCUGGUGGCGGUGGAAUUAUGAACGCCACCGGAAGAAUAUUCGUUAAUAGGCUAUCGAUGGACAUUCAAGUUGAUUACUUCAACAUCACCAGAAAAGAAAUCGACAAAUUGAUGGGUGCCACCCAGGCAAGAGUCUACGUGAUGAAGAAAUCCAUUUUCUCAGUCACAAUAGGCUCAAAUGAUUUUCUCAACAAUUAUCUGCUUCCAGUCCUCUCCAUCGGCCAAAGGGUUUCCCAAACUCCAGACGCCUUCAUCGACGAUCUUAUCAGCCAUCUCAGUGCCCAACUUACUAGACUUUAUAAACUGGAUGCGAGGAAGUUUAUAGUGGGAAAUGUAGGGCCAAUCGGGUGCAUCCCAUAUCAGAAGACCAUCAAUCGGUUAAGUGAAGACGAGUGUGUGGCAUUGCCAAACAAGUUGGCCCUUCAGUACAACGCUCGGCUCAAGGACCUGCUGGCCCAGCUCAACCAAAACCUCGCCGGAGCCACCUUCGUUCAUGCCAACGUCUAUGAUCUUGUCAUGGAACUCAUCCAAAACUAUGCUAAAUAUGGGUUUACAACAGCAAGCAAGGCAUGCUGCGGAAACGGGGGGCAGUUUGCAGGGAUAAUUCCAUGCGGGCCAACAUCCAGUAUGUGCUCGGAGCGAGACAAGCACGUAUUCUGGGAUCCUUAUCACCCCAGCGAGGCGGCUAACGUUAUCAUUGCCCGGCAGCUGCUCCAAGGUGACCCAAAAUAUGUAUCUCCCAUCACCCUUCGCCAGCUUAGGGAUCUUUGAUUAAUUAAUUAUAAUAUUAUAAUUAACUUGUUGCUGAGGAUGACUGUUUCCGUGUGUUACCAUUGUUACUCCAUUAAUUUCUUCUUUUGUAUUGCUUUA